AGAGCUGCCGCUACAUUUAGGAGCAACAGCAGCGUCUGCAGUUCUCACCCUCCAAGGGGACUGGGGUGUGGGGACAGUGUCAGAGGCAUGGAUGCUUCUGCCCAGGGGUCUUUGCUGCUGCCGGCUGCUCUCCUCUCCACACACUUCUCUGCAGGAGCCGCAACACCACCGAGGGCAGGCAGGAGGCGGCGGUGCGGACCCAAGAGCACUUGGGGGCGCUGACUCCAACCCUGACGGUGACCCCACCCUCCGCCGCAGCCAUGGCUCAGGAGAAUGCAGCCUUCGAUCAGGGCCCUGAGGAGCCGCCCCGUCGCCGUGGCCGCCAGCGCUACGUGGAGAAGGACGGGCGGUGCAACGUGCAACAGGGCAAUGUGCGUGAGACCUACCGUUACCUGACAGACCUGUUCACCACUCUGGUAGACCUGCAGUGGCGCCUCAGCCUGCUCUUCUUUGUGCUGGCCUACGCGCUCACCUGGCUUUUCUUCGGCGCCAUCUGGUGGCUCAUUGCCUACGGCCGUGGCGACCUGGAGCAUCUGGAGGAUGCGGCCUGGACACCGUGCGUCAACAACCUCAACAGUUUUGUGGCUGCUUUCCUCUUCUCCAUCGAGACGGAGACCACCAUCGGCUACGGGCACCGCGUCAUCACAGACCAGUGCCCGGAGGGCAUUGUGCUGCUGCUGCUGCAGGCCAUCCUGGGCUCUAUGGUGAACGCCUUCAUGGUGGGCUGCAUGUUCGUCAAGAUCUCGCAGCCCAACAAGCGAGCUGCCACGCUCGUCUUUUCCUCGCACGCUGUGGUGUCGCUGCGAGACGGCCGCCUCUGCCUCAUGUUCCGCGUGGGCGACCUGCGCUCCUCGCACAUUGUGGAGGCUUCCAUUCGUGCCAAGCUCAUCCGCUCACGCCAGACGCUGGAGGGCGAGUUCAUCCCUCUGCACCAGACCGACCUCAGCGUGGGCUUCGACACAGGAGAUGACCGCCUCUUCCUCGUCUCACCGCUGGUCAUCAGCCACGAGAUCGACUCUGCCAGCCCCUUCUGGGAGGCAUCGCGCCGUGCUCUAGAGAGAGACGACUUCGAGAUUGUGGUCAUCCUCGAGGGCAUGGUGGAAGCCACGGGAAUGACAUGCCAAGCUCGGAGCUCCUACCUGGUGGAUGAGGUGCUGUGGGGCCACCGCUUCACAUCAGUGCUGACUCUGGAGGACGGCUUCUACGAGGUGGACUAUGCCAGCUUCCACCAGACUUUUGAGGUGCCCACACCCUCAUGCAGCGCCCGUGAGCUGGCUGAGGCAGCAGCCCGCCUUGAUGCCCAUCUCUACUGGUCUAUUCCCAGCCAGCUGGAUGAGAAGGUGGAGGAGGAGGGGGCAGGGGAAGGGGCAGGGGGAGAGGCUGGGGCUGACAAGGAGCAGAAUGGCUGCCUGCCACCCCCAGAGAGUGAGUCUAAGGUGUGACCAGUUUCUUCCAGACUCCUCUGGCAGGACCAGACACAGGUACCUAUGGAGCUGGAUAUUGGAGGUGGAGAAGGAGGUAGGUGAGGUCCCUGGGAAUGUGCUAAGGCUGGAGAGUCCCCUUGGAAUCUCAAGUCCAGGAUCCAAUGUGGAAGGGAGGGAUCCUGAUUUCAGGAGAAUGGAGGGUGGGGAUAAAUGAACUUACCAGCUUGUCUGUGUUUGACCACAUCCGUUCAUGGGUAGAUGGAUAGACAGAAGGGUGGACUUAUGUAGAGUGGAUGGGUAGAUGGAAGCAGAUAAGAGAGACAGCUGGUAGGUAAGUGGACCAACAGACAGGUGGUGCACUCAGGGCUGCUGCUAACCCAUAGAGCAUCUUUGUGCAAAUUCUAAAAAGGUACCCUUUUCCUCCAGACUGACACCACCCCAAACCAGGGGGGGAGUGGCUUGGGGAGCAGAGCAUGAGCUGGAUUCUAAUCCCCACUCACCUUCUCAGCCAACCUCCCUCUGUAUGGCACACCUGUCUCACACAGUAGCCCUAGCUGACCCAGAGAGAAAGCUGGAUGGAGGUGGGCAGAGAUAAGGAGGUGCCUUCCCUGCUCCACUCUCACCAUUCUGACAGUCUGGGCAAGCAGAUGAAAGGUUGUAGGGAUAGCUCAGGAGGAUGUAAAUGACCUCAUCUACUGCAUAGGGAAACAGGAAGUGGGGAGCUGCCAGACCUGGGGCUUUGGUGAAGGAGACCUCUCUUCUGAGAGUGUAGUAAGAUUUCUUAUGUACCUCUGCAGAUGCAGGAGGGGAGGGGUUCUGAGGAGGAAGAAGGCCAGGGAGAUGGAAUGUGAGGUCACUAGAGCUGGGACACAGGGGCCCUUGGGAAAGCAGAAUUAGACUUGGGGUACAAUGAGAGGGGAUUGUUCAUAUCGUUCAUUGGGUGUUCAUUGAGUAUAGUACACUGAACCAGGCACAUAGGAGAUGAACAGUCAGUGACCCAUUUCCUAUUCGAAAUACGUGUACAUGGGAAAAAUAGAAAUAUGCCUAUGGCAACUGUUUCAAACUGAGAACCUGAGCAGUCUCUUUGAGCAGGGGUAGAAAGGUUUGGUAAUCAGAAGCUAGGGAUUGAGCAAGGCACAGAGAAUGAGCUAAACCAGCAGCUAUAACACUUGAGAGUAGUAGUAUAUCAGAGUCACCUGAAGGGCUUGUAGAAAUAGACUCUGGCUUCACUCCCAGAGUUUCUGACCCAAUAGGUCUGAGGUAGAGACCAAAUAUUUGCAUUUCUAAUGAAUUCCCAGGUCAUGCUGACACUGCUGGAAUGGGGAUUACAGAGAGGAGAACCUCUGCUGUAAUAGAAAACCUGGAGGUCAUAUCAGGAGAUGGAGCUUACAAGCUGAGGAGUAGCUGAGGAGAAGCUGAGGAAUCUUGGGAUGUAGACUGAAAUAUAAAGGGUGGAGUCUUAUGCGUGAUGAAAAGAGACCCUGAAAGCCAGGCUGAAGAGUUUAACUCUGGGCCCAGGAACUCAACCAUCGGUGGAAAUAGGACAGUGACAACUGGAGAUAGUUUUGGGGAAGUUCAGAUAGGAGGAGGCAGUCAGGAGGCCUUGAGGGGAUUCCUGGGGAGGUGGUGGGGAUCUGCAGCAGGAAAUGGCAAAAGAAAGAAUCCUGUGUAGGUAGUUACUUUCACAGUAUCAUCCUUGCUGCAAGCAUUUUUACCACAUAAUUAAUUGGCUAUAAGGCAAUUUCGCCAUCAAAAGGAAGGACAUUUAAAAGGACAUAAAAAUUAAAGGCUUUAUUGUGAAAUACAGAGUAUUCAAACACAUUUUAAAAGUGUGUAGACUCAUGGCAGUACUGCACAAGUCACUGAUUUUACUUUGUGGUUGCACGUAAGUACUUAUCUUAGUUCUAUGGGAAAUGUGGAUUUAACUCUGCACCUUCAAAGAGAGACCUCAGCCUCUCUUCCCCCAGUGUAAUGUCUUUCAUAACCAACUCUUGGGGCAAAUCUUCAUCAUCUGGAAGAAAUGCUAACUAUUUUAAGACCAGCACCACAUCUACUUGCCACUGUAUGCCACAUAAUGAAGACUAAGAUUUAUAUAUAAUGUAAAAAUGGGAGUACUGCAAGAACUUUUAUGAAUGGAGAAAUGAAAUCAAAAUGACAACUAGAUUAAAUACAUUAAAUCCACUGAAGGUGACUGAUUUGUCAAUGGAGAAAUGAAACCAAACAAACACAAUACCCCCCACCUCCCAAAAAACUCAGUCAGUUAUUUAUCUCUCCCACAGCAAAACUGUCUUAUGGUCAGUUAUUAUGCAGUGAAAAAGUUUGGGGCAAAAAUGCUUGCAGCAAAGAUAUCUGCAGCAAAGAUGCUACAAUGAACAUACUGGAGGCACCCUUGUAGCACUUCAGAGGCAGGAUCAAAUAUGCUAGAGAAUGUGAGGGAGAUGAGGAAUCCAACAUCUGGCUGUAUCUGUAGCCUAUGGUCUGCCCAGCUAGGACAGAAGCCCCUGCAGAUGCUAUUCCCAUCCCACAUCCACCCCCUUCUUGUGUCAUCCCAGUCACCAAAGACAGCCACCCAGGAUGGUGAUUGGAGAGCAAUGGCAAGAAGAAGCAGAGUUAAAGGGGACCUGAGGCUGGCCUCCUGGGAGAAAAGUGUGUGCCCAAGCAGGCAUACCCUCUGACACUGGCUAUACCCCGCUCCUGUUCUUUAAUAAAAAUCUGGGCCCCUUGAGAGAAAACACCCUACUCUGCUCCAUUCAAGGUUGGGAAGCUGAGGUCCAGUGGGACCUGUACCUCCUGAAAGGAGAAAUGGGGAUUCCAGGGGGAGCCCAUGUCAGUUUGGGUUCACUCAGAGGACAUCUUUGUCUCAAGUCACAGGGUCACGUGAGUCAUUAUCAAAGAUGACAUCCCAGAAACCUGGUGUCACCUGAAGAACAAACGUUGGGAUGCAGGAUGGGGACUCAUUUAACUCAGUGAAAAGGCUGGAGUCUCAACAGGAGAGAGUAAGCUGUCUAUAUAUAUAUAUAUAUUUAUACACAUACACACGCACUACACACUCCAGUGCAAUUGGAUGGGAAGAGACACUGAGGCUGGAUGGAAGUUGCUGAGACCUCACCAUACCUUCCCUUGCCUCUCAGGGCACCACUGGGUACAGUGCAAGGAGUCAUUAGACCUAGAUUCUAGUCCAGACACCACCACUAAUUAGCUCUAUUACUCUGGGUAAAUCACAUCACUUCUAUGGGACUCAGUUUCCUGAUCUGUAAAAAUAACACUUAGCAAACUAGUAAUGCUCAAUAAAUGUUUAAAUAACUGAA